AUGAGGUGGCUACUGGUAGCCGCAGCUUUGGCGGCUUCGCGGUGUAUAGCGACCCCACCGCUCAGUAUCGCCCUGGAGACGAGCUGGCCUGCACCUCCACUUCUCCUCGAAAUAUUAGAGACAGUCUAUGAUGAGGACCCAAAAGCCUACUUUUCCUCCCUCCAUCUCCUCACCUCCCACCUACCCUCCUUUGUCGACUCCACCGACUCGUCGACCCUUUCAACCGCGCUCGAAUUGAUCGAAUCCCAUAACGUCCUGAAGUUUCCGUCGGCGCUGUCGACGUUGCAGUAUGCGCUGGGUCUGCAUACGGCUGUGCCGAAGAUAGAGGCGUACUAUAGCUGGUAUGAGAGCAGUGUGAAUGAGGAGAGUACACCGAUACAGACUCUGUCCUUUGACCACAUAUCGCCAAGAUUGGCAGAUACCGCCCAGCCCUCCGCUGUGCUCUACUUCGACCCCGCCUCCUCUACAGCUCCCGAGCUUCUCGACUACCUGGACAAGCAUGCUUGCGCCGACCCAUCCUUCCGGUAUAUCGUUCGCUACAAGCCGUCCAGCAGAGGAACAGAUCGACAAGCAGGCCGAAAGACCGCUAUGUCCGGCUACGGCGUCGAGCUCGCACUCAAGCGGACAGAUUACCUCGUCGUAGACGACCGAGCGACGUCUGGAUCGUCGGCAGGGCUGGCACAGGAGCCGCUGAGCUCAGCUGGGGAGCUGGGAAGCGCGAAAGGGCCAUUCGCUACCAUCCUUGGGACAGACCCCUGGUCAGAGCUGUCUGCUCCGCUUCGUCCAACUGAGCUAGCCAAUAUCAGUGUUCAAGCCGCAUCCCUGAUCAUGGCGUCCUCGAACCCGCUCGACGCGCUCAUCAGCCUCUCUCAGGACUUUCCCAAAUACUCAGCUGCUAUCGCUCGAAAAGUCGCCAUUCCCGACGACAUCAGCCAGAAGGUCGAGAAGCUGGCUAUAAGAGGUGCAGCAGAGACAGCUGUCUUCAUCAAUGGAAAGGUCAUCAGUACAGACAGUCUCAAUGCUUUCUCCCUCCUCAAGACUGUACGAGAAGAACGACACCUCAUGCUCUCCCUCAUCGAACUCGGCUUUACCCCUCAGCAGGCUUUCGAGCUCAUCUCGGACCCCCUCAUCGGACAGGCGCAGACUGAGGAGGAUGUCGGCGAGGGGAUCGUGGAUGCCAGCGACCGGAUUGAAGGUGGGGAGGUCCUUACAUGGUGGAACGAUAUUGAGAAGGAUAAGCGGUACAAGUCAUGGCCGGACUCUCUUCAAGGGCUCAUGAGGCCGCUAUACCCCGGUCAACUUCAUACCCUCCGCCAAAACUUGUACAAUAUCGUGCUGGUCCUCGAUCUGGCGCAGGCUAUGUCACUCGAUACUAUCACGUCGGCUGUUGCCACCAUGAUCCAGCGUGGGGUACCUAUUCGAUUUGGAGUCGUGCCGAUGUUCAACCCUGCCGAGGAUGACCUAUCACACAAAAUGGCUAGGAUCUACCAGUACAGUUUGAAAGUGCUGGGUAGAGGAGCCACUCGCGAGAUGUUCCAAGAGGUUGUCGCUCAGACACCAAUGUCGCCUCUGUUACCAGCUACCGUCAACCUCGAGCUCGUCAGGAACGCCUAUGAGCGAGCUGCGGCGACCAGCAAGAAGUCGCCUUUGCCGUUCGACCAAGUCCUCUCCCAGCCGCUCGAUCAGCAUUAUCUCCGGAUGCAUGAGUCAUACACCUCUCGACUGCUCGCCACGAAGGAGGAGUCGGCGCAGGGGCACAUGUUCAUCAACGGGAAAUACUUUGCUUUCGGAGGACACUGGACAGCUAUGGUCCAGUCUGAGCUCACGAAUCAACUUCGUUUCCUCCAGGAACAGCUGACUAUUCAGCUCGCGGUCGGCAUAAUCCCCACCGACGUUUCCACCUUUUUCUACGACCUCCCCUCGGUCCCUACUAGGCGAAGCAAGAUGGUGAUUCCCAACCAGGCGGAUAGUAAGCUCCGAAUCUUCAACCUGCUCGACAUCUUCAGCAUCGACUCGACUUCGCUGCCCGGCAAGAUCGCCUCGGACUUUGUGUAUUCGAACGACGCGACACGAGGUACGCCGAUAACCAUGUGGGUGGUCGGAGAUCUGGACUCGGCGGAGGGGAGGCGGGUAGCGAAGGAUGCUUUGAGGCACCUACAGCAGACUGAUGAGUGCUCCUCUCGCAUCGGCUUCGUACACGUCCCUACCCCUUCGUCAAGCGCCUCGGGUGAACGCUUCUCUACACUUCUCUUCCACCUCUUCUCAAUUUCCGGUCUCAGCAUGACGGAACCCGGCCACCUCCUCACCCUUCUGAACGAGCUCGAUACAGUCACGGACAACCUUGAUGGGACCUGGAAAGCUUGGAGCGAGGGCGGUUCUCUCCCGCCGGGAAGCCCGCUGCAUGCCUUUACCUCGCGCGGAUGGGAUGUGGCGGAUGAAGCGGCUGCUGCAAAGUUCUGGUCUAUCGGCACUGAGAUUGCGGACAAGUUGGGUCUGAGGGAUGGGCGGCCGCAUCUUUUGGUCAACGGUCGGCUCAUCGGGCCCCUCAUUGAGGCGAACUUCCCCGCAGGCGACUUUGACGUGCUGGAGGUGUACGAGCACCGGAAACGCGUUCGACCAGUCAUCGAUCUCGUCAAGACAAUGUACGACGACAUGUCCAAGUUCAAUCGUCCUACUCUUGGCCACCUCAUCUCGCGCGCCUCGUCGGUCUUGGCCAGCGCGUACAAGCCUGCCGAAGCUGAGGGCAUCUUUGAGCCGACUCGUUUAUCCCGGAACAGGCUAUACGAAAAGCUUGACGAUGGGGACCUAUCAUUCCAUGUUGGAAGCAAAGAUAAUGCUCUCAUCCAUAUUGCGGCGGUGCUCGACCCGGUAUCGCAGUCAGCGCAGGAGUGGACGUCUGUACUCAAGAGCAUCAGCGAAAUCGAGAAUGUGGCCUUGACUGUGUACCUCGAGCCAACCACAGACGUGACAGAAGUAUCUCUCAAACGAUUCUACCGCACGAGCAUAGCCUCCAAGCCCAUCUUUGACACAGCCGGGACAUCUAACGCCGCCCCUCUGGUCUUCAACGAUCUUCCUGGCGAGCCUAUCCUCACCCUCGGCCUCAACACCCCUCCCGCAUGGAUCACCAGCCCAAAGUCCUCCCCAUACGACCUCGACAACCUUGUCCUCGGCUCGAUCCAAGAUCCUGUACAUGUCCGAUUCCAGCUCAAGCAGCUCCUGGUCGAAGGUCAUGCCCGCGAGGGCCAGAGCGUCCCGCCCCGCGGUCUCCAACUCCAGCUCACCAAAGCCGGCCAAGUAUCGGAAGUCGCUAGCGACACCCUCGUCAUGGCCAAUGUCGGAUACUUGCAGUUCAAGGUCACGCCCGGUAUCUACGAUCUCUCGAUCCGACCCGGACGCGGAAGAGAGGUAUACGAGAUGGAAAGUGUCGGUGGAGAAGGGUGGGACAGUCUGCGUGUGAACGAGACGGGGACGAGCGUUAGCCUGAUCAGCUUUGAUGGGGUUACGAUAUUGCCGAGAUUUGGUAGGAAGGAGGGAAUGGAGAAGGCGGAUGUACUGCAGCAAUCGGUGCCGAGGCCGCCUACUGCUCUCGAGGGGGUGUUUAGCAGGGUCAAGUCUUUUGUUGGGAUCAAACCGACAGACGUCGUACCGACCAAGACGCGUCAUGCGGACAUUAAUAUCUUCACGGUCGCUUCAGGUUUGCUCUAUGAGCGCUUCGCGUCGAUCAUGAUACUCAGCGUGCUCAAACAUACUGAUAGCACCGUAAAAUUCUGGUUCAUCGAGAAUUUCCUUUCACCUUCGUUCUUGGCCUUCAUUCCUCACAUGGCCAAAGAGUAUGGUUUCCAGUACGAGCUCGUUACGUACAAGUGGCCGCAUUGGCUCCGCGCGCAAACCGAGAAGCAGCGCAUCAUCUGGGCUUACAAGAUCCUCUUCCUCGAUGUGCUCUUCCCGAUGGACCUCGACAAGGUCAUCUUUGUCGAUGCCGACCAGAUCGUCCGGACGGAUAUGAAGGAGCUCAUUGAUGUCGAUCUGCACGGCCACGUGUAUGGGAUGGCGCCGAUGGGGAACUCGCGAGAAGAGAUGGAGGGGUUCAGGUUCUGGAAGACGGGAUACUGGAAGGAGGCGCUCCGGGGGAGGCCGUACCACAUCUCCGCGCUCUACGUGGUCGAUCUGAAACGGUUCCGUCAGUUGGCGACAGGGGACCGACUUCGUGGGCAGUACCACGCUCUCUCGGCUGACCCCAACUCGCUCGCAAACCUCGACCAGGAUUUGCCGAAUUCAAUGCAGGACCAGAUCCCGAUAUUCACCCUGGAUCAGGACUGGCUGUGGUGUCAGACGUGGUGCAGCGACGAGAGCUUGGAAACGGCAAAGACCAUCGAUCUCUGCCAAAAUCCCAUGACCAAAGAGCCCAAGCUCGUCCGCGCUCGCCAGAUCCCCGAGUGGGAUACGUAUGACCAGGAGAUUGCUAGGUUCGCGGCGAAGCUGUCGGAGGAAGAAGGGGUAUUGGCGACGAGUGUGGAUGAUCUAGCGGCCGAGAAGGUGGUGGUAGUGACCGGAGGAGGGGUUGGAGGGGCUGAUGAAGGGGAUGGGAAGGCGGUGAAGCCGGAUGAUGGAGGGGAGGAUGGCCAUAGAAUAGCGGACGAGCUAUAG